UGCCGCCAGCCUUCAACGCCGCCGCCGCCUCGUUCUGCACUGGGACUGGGAAACGUUAUUAUUACCUGUGACUGAUGGUGUUUGCCGUCACACCUCGCCCACUUUUGCGUUCGCACUCCACGCACUUGAGCGACAGAUGUGUUAUUUGGAACAAAGUUCACACGCGAAAAGAACGGUGAAGAUCGCAUACGCGAUUAGACACAGUCGGACCCGAUCUCACACGUCGCUUACACGGUCUGAAACCCCGAAUGUUCUCGUGCCAUGAUUUGCCCUGCCACGGGACCCUACUGUUCAGAUGCUCGGAUCCUCUGACACGGAAGUUUUCGAGCAGUCUAUAAAUCGCGACGGCUUCUCUCAAGGUAGGUACACUGUUUUUCCCUCCCGCAUAUUCUCUCAGCGUCAUGUCUCUCAGUCUCGGAAUCAGGGCGUGUCCCACCACCCCGGCAGCCCCGUUCCUGCUCGACCCUGGGUUCAACAUCUCCGCCGUCGCCACCAUCGCCAAGGCGCUGCCCUCUCACUCUUGGGAGUUCGGGACUGCGUCUGAGGCUCUGCUCGAGCUGUACAACCCCGACAUCUCGGUGUUCGGGUCCAAACCGUUCCCCGUGCCCGUCAUCCCGUCCAACUGCCACAUCCCGUCGCUGGACUACGCCGCCAGCAAGAUCGUGUUUGGCACCGGCGCGAACGGGCUGUCGGACGGGACCGGGGCUGUCGGCGACCCCGCGAGUCUCGGCGUCAGCGCGGUUCUGCUCGGGAAAUCGAACGCGUCGUUCGCUGCCGGCGCGCAGGAGGAGCUGACGUACAUCACCACCGUCGCACCGCGGUACGCGAACGGGGCUAUCUCGCAGCGAGCCGAUGUGGCCGAGUUGUGGGCCGACUUUAUGUACAUGGCGCCGCCGUUCUUGGCGUACAUCGCCGCUGAUCGGAACAACGCGACGCUCCUGAAGGAGGUCUACGAGCAGUGCGGCCUGUACCGCGCCGUGCUGAAGCCCCCCGCGGUGCAGAACUGGCAGCACAUCAUCGGGCCGCAGAGUGCCGACCUGGGCCUGUGGAGCACGGGCAACGCGUGGGCUGCGGCCGGCAUGACUCGCGUGCUCGCCACGAUCAUCAAGGCCCCGGUCGCCAAGAACGCGGACUGGCGCUCGGGCGCGAUCGCGGACCUGACGACGUGGAUCCAGGAGAUCGUGGACGGCGCGAUGAGCCAGUCGACGGACAACAACCUGCUGCGGAACUACCUCAACGACACGACCGGGGACGGUCACGGGUACGGCGAGAUCUCUGGCACCUCCAUGUUGGCCGCUGUGACGUAUCGCAUGGCUGUGCUGAGCAAGGCGACGUUCGGAGCCAAGUACAUCGCGUGGGCUGAGGGCGUGCGCAAGACCAUGGCCUCGCACAUCUCCAGCAAUGGAACGGCCGCGCCGGCAGUCAACCCGCUCAACUGGGGCGACACCGUGCCCUUCACCGCGGGAUCCCCCGAGGGCAACAACUUCGUUGUGCUCAUGUACGCUGCCUGGCGGGACUGUGUCAAGGUUGGAACCUGUUCCAAGUAAUGGUAAUCGAAGCUGCGUAGUACUUACAUAAAUCAACUGCGCCGUGUAAUCAAUCAAGCGAAUGUUGUCCAACUGCAGCCCAAACGUCGCUGAGUCUGAG